AAUUUCAAUUAAAAAGUACUUAAAAAUUGUCAUACUACUACAUUUAUUAUUAUAUAAUUGGAAACUUAAGUUUAUAUAUGGUUUAUCGAAAAAAUUGACCAAGUUUUAUAUCUUAGAGCUUAACUACCAACCAACACGUAGACAUAGAUCAAAGGUUAUUCUAGCAUUAAUAUCCAUUAAAAUCGCCAUGAAGCCAUGCUUUAAGCCAAUUUGAAACCAGGAAAUGUAAUUUGCAUGACAAUAGGUAUAAAAGAACCCCUAAUAAGUCAGCUAGUCAUGUUCUUCAGCGAAUUAAACAAAGAUGAUUGGCUACCUAAAGAUCUUCCUGCUGGCUGCUCUUCUGUCGUUGGUCCUUGAUCCUACCUAUGGACAAGCUCCAUGCGGAAAUAAUGGCUAUUGUGCCCAGAUCUCCAAUCCGUGUCGACAGAUACCAGGAACCUGUCCAGAAGGAGAAAAGUGCUGCCAAGAUAGGCGCAAGGGACGAAGUGCUUAGUUGCUUUCAUAAUCCUUAAGUUUAUACAUCACACAAGGAUUUAAAAUCUGGAAGAUGUAUUAAUAAAAAAAUUAUUUUCUUUCCUACCAAAGUAAUUCAACUUUUGGUAGCUAAAGCUUUCUAACUUGUGACCCAAGAAAUGGCGUCGCUUUAUAUGGAAAUAGUUUAAAUAUUUUACGCUUCUUUCAUAUGGCAUUUUGCAUGGUUAUUUUGUCAUACAGUUAGAGGUCAACUGACCGUGGCGAUAGUAAUCAGCUGUAUUAGAAGAGCGCUGGCGUGGUUUCAUACCACAGAUGUUGGUAACAGGUGUUGGUAACAGAUGUUGGUAACUCUGGGAAGUGUAAUUACCACAAUGGCGAUUGCCAGCUGCGUUGCAUUUUCGCUGGUAGCCUACGCCAACAUUUCCCGGUUCCGUUCUAUUUCUUUUCGAUCGAGUUCCCAGUCCCAAACAAGUUCAAAGUUUUAGCUCAAGUACGCGUGCAUCUCGCAAGUAUUGCGAUUCGAUAACGAAAGUUUUAAAUAAAAAAUACGCCACAGCUUAAACCGGGAGUUGUAGUGGAAAAACUGAGAGUCGUCCCGACUUCGAGAGUAUCCCGGCCAGCAGGCCAAAAGCAAGUUAUUUAUUUUUUUGGUUGGAUUGGCAAGAUUUCACCCCGGGGGAAAAAUCCUAGAAGCCCCAAAACAUUUUCGGGGAACAAUCUUAAGGUUGUGCCCAGUUAGCAGUACGGAAAGCCGCUUACGUACAGAGGAGUACUCCCAUGAGCGGUAGGUGUACCUAACCUGGCACCAAGGAAUGCGAAUGCAAACCUAACCUUUUCGCAUACCUUGCACUUCAGCACCAACCUUGCCCAAUGUACCCAGGCACGGGAAAUCUUUCGAUGCGCACACGCGCUGAUGUGCACAGCAACAGCCUUACCUCCGAUGCACCUAGGCACACAUUUUGAAAUGGAAAAGGAAAUUUUAAAAUAUAAGGAAGCAAAUAUUAAUUAGUUUAUAAACGCGUAGAUGAAGAUCAAAGGUUAUUAUGGCAUUAAUAUCCAUUAAAACAGUCAUGAAGCCAUGCUUUUAGCCAAUUUGACACAAGGAAAUGUAAAAAGUAUAAAAGAGCCCCUAAUAACUCAUCUAGUCAUGUUCUUCAACGUAUCGAACAAAGAUGAUUGGCUACCUAAAGAUCUUCGUGGUGGCUGCUCUUCUGUCGUUGGUCCUUGAUCCUACCUAUGGACAAGCUCCAUGCGGAAAUGAUGGCUUUUGUAAACCGAUCUCAAUUCGGUGUCCAAUGACAAACGGGACCUGUCCAGAUGGAAAAGUGCUGCUUUGAUAUGAGAAAAUGGAUGAAGGGUUGAAAUUGCUUCCAUAAUCCUUAAGUUUAGACAUCACACGUGGAUUUAAAAUGUAGAAGAUGUUUGAUUAAAAAAUUAUUUUACUUUCCUAACUUGUGACCCAAGAAAUGGCGUCGCUUUAUAUGGAAAUAGUUUAAAUAUUUUACGCUUCUUCCAUAUGGAAUUUUGCAAACCUAUUUUGUCAUACAGUUAAGAAUAUAAUUCUAAGCAGUUAAGUUUUAAUAAUUUGUUUAUUCCACCUUUUACCUAACUGUCUUGGAAGAGUUAAAGGUUGUCAUAUAAUAUGAGGUGUCUAAGAUAGAUGGCCAACUUCUUGACAGAACUUCAGCUUAGCUUGAUUUUUAGUAUUACUUAAGGGAAGGGCAAGGAAGUUAGAAGAAACUAAAUAAAUUAUAUAAAAAUAAUUUCAUUUGUCAUGCUUAAAAUUAUAAAAACUUCUUACGAAAAUGAAAAACAAACAAUUUAUAUAUCACCAUGAAUAGGGAUGGUUCUUUUUUAAAUACAUUUCUUCUGAUAUCCUUGCUGGCCAUUAUAGGCUAUGUUAGAGCACCAGAUCAUGACCCGGUAUGCGGUCCAAUGGGACGGUGCUGGACCGUCAACAAAUGGUUUGGGAAGUUUAGGCAGACAAGAUGUGUUCCUUGCAAAAAGCCGAAUAAAUAUGUAAUGGAUAUACUUGAAAAAAGAACGUAUUAAAACACAAUGUAAAAGCACAAUAAAAGUUUUUUUGAUGAAAUUAUUUCCUAAAACGUAAAAAAGUUAAAUUUUGGCUUAAAAACAGAAGCGCUUAGCUCCUACAAACUUUCACGUUAACUAGACUGUUAAAAGUUUUUUUAAGCUUUAAAAUGUCAAUUUCUUUAAAAAUGAUAUGUAAUUUGAAUUAAUAUUAUCUAGUCACACUACGUUUAGCUAUUAUUUUUAUAAACUAACUUUGUCAAGCCUUUUAAAGCAAUAAAUUUGUACAAUCACAAGAAGUCACUUCUAAAACUCCAGAUGGUCAAGUAUCUAAAAUUAGCUGUGAUGAUAAUCCUAGUCACCUAUCUUGGUGUUCUUUCUGCUCAAAAAAGAUUCACAAGUUGGUAAAUUUCUUAAGAUUUUUAAACAUAAUCAAAACUCAAUGACAAUUUUUAGGAUGUAGUUUUAAGUUUUGCAUGCCAUUGGAUGAAAUAUGUGACAAUCCUAGAUCAUUCCGAUGUAGUCAACUACAAAAGUGCUGCUUUUUGGGAGAAACAAAAGGGAGGAAUAAAAGGUGAAAUGUAAACAGAUUUUUUUUUUGUUAAUUUUUAACUACUUAAUAAAAUUGUCAGCUGAGCAUUGAACUAAAACGAUGCAGUGUUAGUUUUUAUUUAAAAAAUGUAAAUCAAAUUUACUCUGCAAACCUUACUUGCGGUUAAACUUGUUUUCAAACUUCGUUAUUUUUGCCAUAUCAAGCAACUCUGAAUCUUUUCGUCUAAAACGUUUCAUAAGUUCUUUUAUGUUAAUAAAUGAACAAUAAAGGCUGCCAGGAUGGACUUUGCUUACCCAAAUACUUUUCACUGAAAAACAUACGUAGACAAAAUCCACUUCAGGCCCGCUUUUUAUUUUAUUCAUCGCUUAAGCAAAGGUUACAUAGAACACAACCAACAAAUUUCCGAAUAAAGUCAUAAACUUAAUAUAACCAAAAAACAUUUCCAAUUUUUAAAACCGCAAAAUAUUUUUAGCUCAGCAAAUAAAACUUUUUACUGAUCCCCAAAAACUGCAGAAAUUCCCCUGAUAUAUGCGAAAAUAGUAUAUGCAAACGUCAUGGGAAUACAAAUACAUAUGUAUGACUGCAAGGAUACCACACAAAAUGGAGGCCACAUUAUGAAUACACACUCAUAUCGGCGUGUUUGUUUUUUCCCGUGUGUGUGUGUGAGUGUUUUUUUUACACCACGCCAAAGGAAACCCUUUUUUUUUGUUUUGCCUUUGUGUACACAUUUUUGCACAUUCUGUGCUGACCGACAUGCCACAAGGCAGCCCCGCAAAACGUAACUUAAAUAUCACGCAUACGCAGGGCAAGCUGGACAUUACGUAUACGCAACGUUCGCUUGAAUGAAAUUAAGACCCCGACAAGGGUGGCGGGCAGUAAGAAGCAAAAGUAAUUUUACACUUCACCAAAGCGGAAUGUUUGCCGGGGCAACAAAAAAAAAAAAGAAAAGAAACCGAAAGGAAAAGUCUGGGAAAGCGGAUAUGUGAGAGGAAACUGAAGCAAUCGACAGAAACAGGAUGAUGCCCAUUGAUGCCCUAUGAUGGCCGCUGAUGAUGGCAAAGUGUUUUAAUUGAAAACAAAAAAAAAGCAAAAAAAAAAAAAACGUAUUUCAUGAAAAUGAAAAGCAAUUCGAUUUUAGCGAAUAAUUUCCAAUUGAACGCUUGCCACUUGUCAGAGUCAGAAGUGUAGCUGGCAGCGGCAUGGAGAUGCAACAGUUUGUCAAUUUCCGCUGGCAGUGAAAUGGGGGAAAAACAAGCUGGGCCGUUGGGUGGGAAAUUGGGUUGGGUUUUAUUUACUGAUUGGUUUUGCCAGAGAGCAGCUGCAGGGCAGAUUAAUCGACAGAAUAUCCCACAGGUAAACAUUAGUUUUCAACAACGGACACGGUAAGUACUACACAUUUGCUCUCUGUGAGGCUGUACCUCACUUAGCUGUGUGUGUAUGUGUGUGUGUGUGUGUGACUGUACUGUGUGAGUGUGCGUCUGUGUGUUUGUGCUAUGUUCCACUUUACCAUCCAAACUCAUGUCUAUCAAUCCCACUAACCAAAAACUCUAUUAGCAAACCCUAUACCUUCUUGACCUUUAAACUAAUAUCUGAAACUAUAAAUAUAAAAAAAAUGUGAAAUAAUUU